GACCUUUAGUCUUCUGUAGCAGCCACAAGUCUCCGCCUCUCACACGGCGCUAAACCGAUCCCCACCCAGUGAUCCCCACUCACUCCGAAUCCCCUGCCACCACCCCUCAAGCCCCUACCACCGCCAGCCUCUUCCUCCCCAGCCCUGAUUCUGAAAACUCUGUCCCUGUGAGAAUCCGGCUCUUCACGCAAGCCAUUUUCUAACUUUGUCCCGAAUAGAAAAAAGGAGAAAACAACGCGAAAGUGGAGAUAGGAGCAAACCGGAUAAGUGUUCUAUUGCCCCGAUUGUUGGCCCGCGGCGGGGUGCAAAAAGGGCAGGCCGAAAAAAGACCAUAAGAUGUGGAUCUGGUACAUCUUGCUUAGUUCGGGGACGGGCUCAAGCUCGGUUGAGAGCCAGCUCCUUCCGGGGAACAACUUCACCACAGAGUGCAAUAUCCCAGGGAACUUCAUGUGUGGGGACGGGAAGUGUGUCCCAGGCGGGUGGCAGUGUGACGGACUGCCCGACUGCUUCGACAAGAGCGACGAGAAAGGCUGCCCCAAGAUAAAGUCCAAGUGUGCUCCGACGUUUUUCGCCUGUGCCAACGGGAUCCACUGUAUCAUCGGGCGCUUCCGUUGUAACGGCUUCAGUGACUGUCCUGACGGGAGCGACGAGGAGAACUGCACAGGUAACCCGCUGGUGUGCUUGGAGGCCCGCUUCAAGUGUCGUAACGGGCGCUGUGUGGACCGCAGCUUCCUGUGUAAUGGACAAGACAACUGUCAGGACAACAGCGACGAGGAACACUGCCUCACCACCGCAGAGGCUCCAGGUCAGGACUUUGUAACCCUGGACUACCGGCUGCGUUACUACCCCAGCAUCACCUACGCGGUCAUCGGCAGCGCUGUCAUCUUCGUCCUGGUGGUGGCGCUGUUGGCCUUGGUCCUGCACCAUCAGAGGAAGCGCAGCGUGCUGCUGCCCCGUGGGGUCCGGGGGUCCUCCCACCACCACCACCACCACCAGCCCCUGCUGCUGUCCCGCCUGGUCAUCCUAGACCGGGGACAUGUCCACCCGGCUGGCCCUGGCCUCUCCCCCACCUCCCCUUCUGCUGCGGCCCACUACCCUGCAGGUCCCCCAGGGCUACAGCUGCUGUCUGGGGCCCUCUACCCAGCUGGCAUGCCCAUGGACUCACCACCUUCCUACUCCCAGGCUGUACUGGAUGUCAGCCGGCCUCCUUGGUUCGACCUCCCCCCGCCUCCCUACCUCCCAGACGGGGAGGAGCUGCCGUCAGAAGGUGAGCUGCCCCAGUACGAAGCCCCCACAGUGCGCUCCACUCAGCCAAAUACAUGCCCAUCUGAGCCCCCUACACCCAGAACUGUGGCCCCAGGCUUGUCCCGGCCUAGCCUCAGCUCCAGAGAGGAGUCGGACCAGCUGUAGUCCUCUGGUUACUGCAUCUACGCAGGACUAGUACCCAGCCUCAGCGCUGUGGAUGGCUGAAGAGAGAAGAGCUGUGCGAUAUGUUAAGGCCCAAAGCACUGUCCUGCCUGCUGUGGGAAUGAGAGACAAGGCGCUAUUCUACCUAUAGCUACAACUGACUGACUGACUGACUGAGGCACUUGGAAUCAUUGCUCUUGUACGCUGGUGCCCUCUGCUGGAAAUGUAUCUACAUAUCCCUGACUGGGCUUACUACUCAUUCAAUCAAUCAUCAGUCAAUUGCAUUUAAUCUGUGGCUAUAUAGCGCUUUUUACAAAUUAAUUUCUCACAGUCUGCUUAACAGAAACCAGAGCCUAAACUUCUAAAGACUGAGAAAUACUCCCACAGCCUCCCAACACUAUUCAUCUCCUGUUGGACUGGUGAAGACCAGUUGGGUGGUUGGGCGAAGAUCCUUUAGCUUGGAUUAAGUUGACUGGAUAGAUGGUCAACCUGUGUAGUCCAGUCAUGCAUUAACAAUGAAGUAGGAGUCGCACUAACUAACAGUAUUUGUGGUACUCAUAAGGGGUCAAAUGUCACAUGGUGUUACAGUGGCAGAUGUACAGUGCCUUGCGAAAGUAUUCGGCCCCCUUGAACUUUGCGACCUUUUGCCACAUUUCAGGCUUCAAACAUAAAGAUAUAAAACUGCAUUUUUUUGUGAAGAAUCAACAACA